AUGUCUGGAUCGUGGAAGGAAUCCCAAAAGCACACCGUUAAAUUCCCGGAAGAUGACCCAAAGAUAUUUGCUCUCUAUUCACACUGGCUCUACUUUUCCAAAAUUCCUAUUGCUAAAGCUCCAGAAAAGAAAGAAUCUAUUGGGGACAUCGUCGCAAAGGAUUAUUUUGAUCUCGUCAAUGCAUAUGUGCUUGGUGAAAGUUGCAUCUACUUCAUGGGCCACACAAUGGACCUACAUAUGGAGAGUCCCAUUUUACGCAUUACCCCUCAUGAAGUGCAUAUCAAAGACUCGAGCUAUUACGAUGAGAUAUACGCCUCUAGCAAGCGUAGACGAGAAAAGUCCGCUGAGUUGGUCGCUCGAUUCGAUCUCAAGGAUACUUCAUUUGCCAGUAUAUCUUCAGAGGACCACCGGAAGCGACGUUCGCACGUUGAUAAACACUUCUCAAAGCAAGCUGUCUCCAACAUGGAGCAUUUGAUACAUGAAAACAUUGACAAACUCGACAAUCAUUUCAAACGCGCCUUUAAACUUAAUAAAGUCAUUAACCUCGACGCUGGUUUUGCUGGACUGACUUCCGAUGUCAUUCACAAAUACGUCUACGGUUUCAACAGUGGGAAUCUUGAUCACGAGGACUUCAACACGAGUGUGAGAGACGGAGUCAACACACUAUUCAAAUCUAGCCAUGUCCUAGCCUUUUUCCCGAUCCUUCAGACCAUCAUGAACUUGCUUCCAUUGUGGUUGAUCGAAAAGCUUGACCCAUUCGUGUACGCACUCGUGAGCCAGAAGUUGGACCUUCUUCGUCGGACAGAGGAAUUCCUACAAAGUGGACCGUCAAACUCGGCAACUCCCCCCGUCAUGGAAGUCAUGUGUGGCCCCAGUAUGCCGGAGGAUAUGCGCAGCGCUGCUCGUCUCAGCAAUGAGGGAUUUUCUAUGAUCAUCGGUGGCACCGAGACAACUGCCCGAUCGCUAUCUAUUGUGGCAUUCCGACUCUUGGAAAAUGAGUCGAUCAAAACUAAGUUGCGAGAGGAACUACGGACGGUCAUGCCUACGCCUGAGUCUCGGCCAACAUGGAGGCAGCUUGAACAGUUGCCGUAUUUGUCUGCAGUUGUGUGGGAGACACUACGUGUGUCUAUUGGAAUUUCAAGUCGAUCGCCUCGUAUCGCACCUGAUGAAUCAUUGGUCUAUAAGAAUUACACCAUUCCUGCUGGAACUCCAGUUAGUGAGACCAACUAUUUCGUUCUCACUGACCCCGAAAUUUUCCCCGAUCCGCAUACUUUCGACCCAGCCCGAUGGCUACGUGCCGCUGCAAAAGGGGAGCAUCUGGAUAGAUACAUGGUCAACUUUUCCAAGGGUAGUCGGAUAUGUUUGGGUAUGAACUUGGCCUAUGCAGAGCUGUUCCUUGUAAUAGCAGCUUUUGUUCGUCGCUAUGAAAUGGAACUGUUUGAGACAAGCGAAAAGGACAUUACUUUUGCCCGUGAUUUUGGAACCCCAUUCCCCGAUGAGGGAAGUGCUCGUGUGCGAGUUAUGGUCACCAAGGUGAUUGAAGAGUGA